CCUAAAUCUUUGCCUAUCACCUCCGUCUGAAGCUUUAUAAAAUGAUCGACGAGUGCAAUGAAUUUAGGGAAUCAUGCAGAGUUUCCCUGAAGCCUGUCCUGGAACCAGAAACUUCUUUAAAGUCCAUCUGAAUGGAUCAGCAGAUGAUCUACGCUUCGAAGAUUUUAAGUCUCAUCUUCUAAGAGAUUAGCCUCUUGGGUUGAUCUGUUUGCUUUUCGGCGAGGGAAUGGAGAAACGUAAACCGGCCGGCCUGCUGCCCUCGCCGUACCACCUCCGCACCGUGCCCUCGGACCUGCCGGGGACCCAGACCCGCCUCCCUCUCAGGAACCCGCUCAGGGUCUCCCGUCGUCUGGACGCCGCGUGCUGGCCGCGGGCGCCCAUGGGCUGCGCCGCGAGGCCGCCUUGCCGGGCCCUGCCGCCUGAGGGCGCCGUGGAGCCCGCCUUCCUCCGCCGGCGCAACGAGCGCGAGCGGCAGCGGGUGCGCUGCGUGAACGAGGGCUACGCGCGCCUGCGAGACCACCUGCCCAGGGAGCUGGGCGACCGGCGGCUCAGCAAGGUGGAGACGCUCCGCGCCGCCAUCGGCUACAUCAGACACCUCCAGGAGCUGCUGGAGCGCCACGGCCGGGGACAGGAGGGCCCCGCCGGCGCCCGCCCCCCGCGCCCGGCCGAGUGCAACAGCGACGGCGAGUCCAAGGCCUCGUCGGCGCCUUCGCCCUGCAGCGAGCCCGAGGAGGCGGGCAGCUAG